AUGAUUGCUACAAAAUAUGACUACAACCUUUCUAAAGUGACCCUUGACCUUUUAAUUUUGUAUAUCAUUCUUUUACCUGCUGUCAGUGGAAACGCUGAUGCGAAUCGUUUGUUUGAAGAUUUAUUAGCUGAUUAUAAUAAACUUGUUCGACCAGUAGAUAAUAAAAGCGAUGCAUUAGUAGUACGGUUCAAAUUGAAAUUAUCACAGCUGCUUGAUGUGCAUGAAAAGAAUCAAAUAAUGACAACUAAUGUUUGGCUUCAACAUACUUGGACAGAUAACAAACUGAAGUGGGAUCCUGAAGAAUAUGGAGGAGUAAAUGUGCUAUACGUUCCUUCAGAUAUGAUUUGGAUUCCUGAUAUUGUUCUUUACAACAAUGCUGAUGGAAAUUAUCAAGUAUCAAUUGUUACGAAAGCUAAAAUUUUUCCAAAUGGAACUGUAGAAUGGGUACCACCAGCAAUUUAUAAAAGUAUGUGCCAAAUUAACGUUGAAUGGUUCCCAUUUGAUGAGCAAACUUGUGAAAUGAAAUUUGGUUCAUGGACUUAUGGUGGUUUAGAAGUCGAUUUGCAGCACAAAGAUUCAGAAAUUGAGAGGAAAGAGUUGGAAGUUGCUGUAGGCGUUGAUGGAGAAUAUGUUGAGACAGUUUGGAUCGUUGAUAAAGGUAUUGACCUAAGUGAAUAUUAUCCAAGUGUCGAAUGGGAUAUUCUCGGAGUUCCUGGAAAACGUCAUAAAAAACGUUAUUCUUGUUGCAAGUCACCAUUUAUUGAUUUGACGUACGAAAUUCAUCUCCGUCGGAAAACACUAUUCUACACGGUCAAUCUUAUUUUUCCAAUUGUUGGGAUCAGUUUUUUGACUGCUUUAGUGUUUUACUUGCCAUCUGAUGGAGGUGAAAAGAUCUCAUUAUGCAUCUCAAUACUAAUCUCAUUGACUGUAUUUUUCUUAUUACUUGUUGAAAUAAUUCCACCAACUUCUCUGGUGAUUCCAUUAAUCGGGAAAUACUUACUUUUUACGAUGGUAUUGGUCACUUUAUCAGUUACAGUCACUGUGGUCACUUUGAAUGUUCAUUACCGAUCUCCAACAACACAUACAAUGCCAAAGUGGGCUAAAAAAUUUUUCAUACAGUACUUACCUAAAUACUUAUGCAUGCAGCGACCAUCACUUGUACGAAAUGAUACAAAGUCAGCUAGUAUUGACAACCUAAAUACGAAAGUAAUCACAAGACGAUCUCGUCUUAGGGUACCACUGACUGAUCAUAAAAAUCAAGAACCAGCAUUGACAGCCGUCCUUGAAAAGCCACAAUUUCGAAGUCCAACACAUGUUUCUUCAACUUCUACUCAAUACGAUGCGCAAAUUUUUGGUUGUUCACGGCAAUGGAAUUCUAGAUCAACAACCAUGCAAGACGCAGUCGAUGAUGUUACCUUCAUUGCCAACCACAUGAAAGAAAAUGAAGAUGACCGAGAGGUGGUGACAGAUGACUGGAAAUACAUAUCGAUGGUAAUGGAUCGAAUAUUUUUGAUUUUAUUCACUACGGCAUGCUUACUCGGCAGCGUAGUUAUCAUCCUUCGUGCUCCAACAAUCUACGACACAGCGAUAGCUUUAGCUUAG